AUGGCCGGAGACGCGCUGAGGCAGGAGCUGGAGGACAGCGACGAUGACUUCGAGUACGAGGAGAUCGAGCUGGAGAGCGAGGACGAGGACAUCGACCUCCUGGGCGACGACCUCGACGCUGCAUUGCAGACGCUGGGCAGAAAAGGCCGCAAGUCGGGCGUAGAGUCGCAGGUGCAGGCCGAGACGGCGCGGGCGGACCGGGAGCCCGCCCCGGGGGAGACGGUGAAGAAGGCCGAGAUCGUGGAGGACUUCGUGCGGAACUACCUCGUGCGGAUGGGCAUGGAGAAGACGCUCGACGCCUUCGAGGCUGAGUGGUAUCAACUCAAGGCCGAGGGCAAGCUGGCGGACGUGGGCCUCGUCCCGGACGUCUACACCCAGAACCGCGAGCUCGACGCGCGCGUCCGCGAGCUCAUGGCCGAGCUGGACCAGGUCCGGGGCGUCGCUGGCAAAGCCACGUCGACGUGGGACCAGCUGCGCAAGGAACGGGACUUCCACCGGAUGCACCACAAGCGCAUCAUCCAGGAGAAGAACACGCUCGUGACGUCCCUGCGCCGCCUCAAGCAGCACUACUCGCAGUACGAGCCCGUGAUCAAGGAGCUCCGCGGAAAGUACGAAAGUGCUAUGAAGGAAAAGAUGCUGGUGCGACUGGAACGCGACCGCCUCGUGGGGCGCCUCGAGUCCCUCGAGGCCGAGCUCGCCGCCGCGGAGUCGAGCCGGGAGGUGCCGGACGCGGGCGCGGCAGCGGCAGCGGCAGUGGCAGCGGCGGCGGCGGAGUCUGCGCCGGCGGAGCGCGGCACGGCGCCGGGGACGGCCGGGGCGCGGACGGCGACGGGCAAGACGGCGCGCGGGACGACGGGCGGGACGUCGCGCGGCCGCACGGGCGCGCAGUUGCCCGCGGAGGACCCGGAGAACAAGCUAGCGCUUCUCAAGUUCCCGACGUUCGAGACGAAGCACGUGCGCAACAGCCGGACGACGAAGGCGCACCAGAUGGCGGCGUCGAACCUCGCGCUGCACCCGACGCGGCCGAUCGUGGUCACGUGUUCGGACGACAAGACCUGGAAGAUGUAUUCGCUGGACGACAGCAGUCUGAUCAUGUCGGGGGCGGGGCACACGGACUGGGUGUCGUCGGCGGACUUCCAUCCGCGCGGGACGCACCUCGCGACGGGCUCCGGCGACAUGUCGGUGAAGAUCUGGGACUUCGAGAAGCAACGGUGCAUGAUGACGCUGACCAAGCACGCGCAGGCGGUGUGGGGGGUCGCGUUCCACUACACGGGGGAGUUCCUGGCGUCGUGCUCGCUCGACCACACCGCGCGGCUGUGGGACAUCACGACGUCGACGUGCCGGCAAGUGUUCAAGGGCCACGUGGACUCAGUCAACCACUGCGCGUGGAUGCCGUCGACGUCGUCGCUGUGCACCGCGUCGUCGGACAAGACGAUCUCGCUGUGGGACGCCCGCACGGGCCUGUGCGCGCAGACGUUCUACGGCCACCAGAACUCUUGCAACCACGCCGCGUUCUCGCUCAGUGGGUUCUACAUUGCGUCGUGCGACGCGGACGGGAUCGUGAAGCUGUGGGACGCGCGGAUGGUGUCGGAGAUCGCGAGCAUCGACGCGGGGCCGCACCCGACGAACCGCUGCGCGUUCGACCGGUCUGGGGACGUGGUGGCUGUGGCGUGCGACGACAGCAGGAUCCGGUGCUUCGACACGACGUCGCUGUCGCAGGUGGCGGACCUCACGGGGCACGAGGACUCGGUGCAGGCGGUGGAGUUCGACCACGCGGGGACGUACCUGGUGUCCGCGGGCUCGGACGGCACCUUCCGCUGCUGGACGUGA